GGCCUCUAGCUAGAACAUCCACACCAACCAUUGAUCGGCACAAACUUAUUCACGGUGUCGGUCAAGCCACGACUUGAGAAUGCCACGCUAUACGAACACGAUGUCAUGCGUUCCCAAAAAUCCAUGGGUAGACUGUAACGCAAGUCAAUGGACAGUAACGUUCGCGACUGACCUUCGGCCGAACACCUGGGUACAAGUAGAACGAGCAAGUGCUUGAGAGUCUUGCACUACUAUAUGAUCAAAACAACUACUUGUCUGCUAUGACUUCAGACCAGCAUCACCACUAUCAGAUUCACACAGCGUGAUACAUCCAUCAUGGCUAUAUCCACCUUUCAACCCCAAGCAGACACCCUAAUCCGCGCCAGCACAAUUUCAACUCUCGAACCAGACAUGCCACCACAGCGCUCCAUAGCCCUCCUCUCCGGACGUAUCAUUGCUCUCUCCGAGGACCCCGCCGGCUCAGACGACUUCAUCGGCAGCGAGACCCAAAUCAUCGACGUACCAGGCUCCACCGUCCUCCCCGCAUUUACAGAUACGCAUACACACCUUAUCCUCGCCGGAUUGACCUAUUUCGACGUUCCAGUCCACGACAUCAAGAAUCUUGACGAACUAUUUGCGCGAUUGAAGAAGCGGGCUACCGAGACGCCAGAGGGAGAAUGGAUAUGUACGGCAACGGACUGGCUAGAGUACAACAUCAAAGAGCAACGACUGCCUACGCUAAAGGAACUCGAUGCCAUAUCCACCAAACAUCCCGUUAUGGUGAUGCGGGGCGGGCAUAACAUAGUCGUCAAUUCGGUCGUUGCAGGAAUGCUGAACGUGACGUCUGACACACCAUCACCACCGGGCGGCCUCAUCGGAAGAUCCCCCUCCGGCGCCCUAACCGGCCUUUUCCAAGACUCCGCCACCAUACCCGUCCUAAAACUAAAACCCUCCGCCACCCUCUCCGAACGAAUCUGCGGUCUUCAAGCCGCAUCCGCUGCAUACGCCGCAACAGGCACAUCUUGCGUGAGAGACUGCUACGUCCCGCUCGCCGACCUAGACGCCCUCAUCGCAACGCACGCAGCUGGAAAACUUCACGUGCGUGUCCAUGCCCUGGUCCCCGCCGUGGGCAUGACAUCCGCAGCACAAGUCGAAAGCCUCCUCGACAAAAUGGAAUUAUAUCGGUAUCUACAACGCGAUCCCUACCUCUCCGUCUGGGGCGUGAAAUUCAUGGUCGACGGCGGAAUCGAAGCAGGCGCCGUAUCCAAACCCUUCCUCUCCAUCCCGCCCGGCCGAGAAAAAGACGCCGCUUGCAAUUGUUGCGGGCUACCUAGUUACCACGGUAUGCUCACGUGGGAGAAACCCAGUCUCAUAGAAGCCAUGUCUGCAGUCGUACGUCGAGGCUGGAAAAUAGGCACGCAUGCUUAUGGAGAUCGGGCUGUGAAAUUGGUAUUGGAUGUAUACGAGAUACUCAUGCAGCGCUUCCCUUAUCUAACGCCUGGCACACUGGUUAUGGAACAUGGGGCGUUGGUGUCGCCGAGUGAGCAGCGGCGUGCUGUGAAACUGGGGAUUGCGACGACGAUCCAACAUCCGCUUUUGCAUAAUGCGGCGGGGAUACAGGAGGUUUACUGGGGACGUGAUCGAUUAUCUCGCACUUUCCCAGCACGUACUUGGUUGGAUGCUGGAGCGCUUAUUGCGGGCGGGAGUGAUUACCCUGUUGGUAGUUUUGCGGCUAUGCGGUCGGUUUGGGGGAUGGCUACGCGUGAGACGACGGUUGGUGUUAGGGGGGUUGAGCAUGCGAUUACGGUGAACGAGGCGGUUGCGUUGCAUACUACUAAGGCUGCUGAACUGCUGCGGGAGGAGGGUGAGAGGGGACGUCUUCUACCUGGUUUUGUGGCAGAUCUGGCGGUUUGGAAUGUUAACCCAUUGGAGGUGGAUGAUUUGGAGGUGUUGAGGGAUAUGAUGCCGAGUCAUAUCUCUGUGGGGACGAAGUUUGUGACGAUCUAGCGCGCUCUUGUGUACGAGGUGUUUGGCAAGUGGACCGGCAUUGAGGACAAUACAUCAGAUCUAUCUGACUGGGUUUUGUUGCCCUGCUAUGCAUUACGAUUCUACUGUAACAGACUCUCUAACAUGUGCCCGAAUGCACAUUGUCAACAACUCUUACGAUGCAGUCCUCUCCACACUUACAAUUAUACGCAUACUUGAAUAUUGCCUGUCUAAGCUCUUGCGAACGCUGGUUCAAGCCGAGACGUGACAGCUACUCGAGGUUAGCAUGACAAGAAGCCUUCACCUUCCCUCCCCCCACCCAUUCUCAGAGGUUCUUCG